GAUUGGUUCGCCGUCGGCUUCCUGCUGCAGUGAGAAGAGCGGCGUCGAGACAUACUGGGAAGACUUAACACCACCACCUCCAAUAAAUGCACCAUACAAUGAAACUGUUAGCACUACCUCCCUCUGUGGAUGUCCGCUUUGUCACGGCUGUACUGCUGGUGAUGGGCCUCUCUACUCCCGGACAGGCAGAAAUCGUCAGCCUGGACUCGAACAACAUUGACGACGUCCUAAAUAAUGCUGGGGUGGCAUUAGUGAAUUUUUACGCAGACUGGUGUAGAUUCAGUCAAAUGCUCCAUCCAAUUUUUGAGGAGGCGUCUAACAUAGUGAGGGAGGAGUUCCCUGAUACAAAGCAGGUGGUGUUUGCUCGCGUCGACUGUGACCAGCAUUCGGACAUAGCUCAGCGCUACCGCAUCACCAAGUAUCCAACACUGAAGCUGUUCCGCAAUGGGAUGAUGAUGAAGAGGGAGUACAGGGGUCAGAGGUCAGUGACGGCCAUCGCUGACUUCAUCCGCCAGCAGCAGGUCGACCCAGUGAAAGAGCUGCCCUCAGUGGAGGAGAUUAAUUCUGUGGAUAGGAGCAAGAGAAACAUCGUUGGUUUCUUUGAAAACAAGGACUCUGACAACUAUCGAACAUUUCAGAAAGUUGCCAACAUCCUUCGAGAUGACUGCACAUUCUUGGCCGCUUUCGGUGAGGUGUCUAGGUCCGAGCGCUUCAGUGGAGACAAUGUGGUCUACAAACCUAUGGGCGAGGGCAUUCCUGACAUGGUUUACCUCGGCUCCCUCACCAACUUUGACCUGACCUACGCCUGGGCCCAGGACAAGUGUGUGCCUCUGGUUAGGGAGAUCACCUUUGAAAAUGGAGAGGAGCUGACUGAAGAAGGAAUCCCUUUCCUCAUCUUGUUCCAUCUUAAAGAAGACACAGAGAGCUUAGAGAAGUUCCAGCAUGAAGUGGCUCGCCAGCUCAUCGGUGAGAAAGGGUCAAUAAACUUCCUUCAUGCGGACUGCGAUAAGUUCCGCCAUCCUCUGCUCCAUAUCCAAAAAACGCCAGCUGACUGUCCCGUUAUCGCCAUAGACUCAUUCAGACACAUGUAUGUCUUCCCCGACUUCAAAGACCUCAAUGUCCCUGGCAAACUGAAACAGUUUGUUUUGGACCUUCACUCUGGUAAGCUUCACCGAGAGUUCCACCACGGGCCCGACCCCACGGACAGCACGCCUGGACAGGAGGAGACGGGCGGAGAAGCAGCCAGCAGUCCUCCAGAGAGCUCGUUCCAGAAGCUGGCACCCAGCGAGACACGCUACACCAUCCUCAGCCGAGACCGUGACGAGCUGUGACCUUAACGGCCUUCCUGUGACUCAAUGCCACGCCCCGGGGUCAGGGAGGGGGUUAGGGUUGGGACAGGCUAGUGGGCCAGAACAGCAACACCCAACACCCUUACUGAAGAAAAAAAAAAAAAAGAGACGACGAGGAGAAAGAAGAACGGGAGGAGGAGAGUGGAGUCCAUGACACAACCAUGUUGGGCUAACCUAUAUUUUCAUAACACUUUCACAAUUUUUAUUUUGAAUCAAAAACGUGGGUGGGCUAAAGAGGGACAAUGUGUGUGUGGGGCAUUGGGACAUCAAUAGAAGUGUUUUUACUUUUAUUCUUUGGAGGUUGUAAAUAUGUUUGAGCUACAUUGGACUCUCAAUGUUGGUCUAAAUUAAAUGCAGUGUUGUUUUUUC